AUGUUGGCCAAUGUUGGGGGAGUCACAACCAGUAGUAAGUUACGAUGCAAAACACACGGAACGCAGUCAGUUGUUAAUUGCUACCACAGACGAUGAAGUCACCGACCAAAAGGCCUCGAUCGCGGACCUACCUGUCGAGCUGCUGACUGAUGUUCUGCGCUACGUUCUUGUCGAUAGCAAAACCCAACUCAUCAUGCGUACAAACCAGGAACGCAAACAGCACAACGAGUCACUGGAACUGCACCUCUGCGAUCAGGCCUUGGAAUAUCCAAAGAGGCUACAGAGGGGCAAGAAGCACAACGUCCUCAGCGUGUGCAAGAAAUUCUACUUCGCCAGCCUCGAGGUCCUGUAUAGCGAGCACGAAUUCUGCUUCCUCUCCUUCGCCGACCUCCACGAGUACCUUGGCCUGAUCCAAUCUGACCGUAAGAAGUACAUUGCAAAGAUCCAGGUGGACAUCGAUUAUGACUUGCAUCGCAUCCGAGGCUUUUGGGGCUGGAUGACCGGCAGAUAUCUGACUGGCGCGUUCCCGACGGACGUCUGCGAAGAGCUGAACGUGGUUGAUGAGGCGAUGUUGACUCUGGCCGGUCUACCAAGGCUUAAGACGGUGACUGUCGAUCGAGUUCGCAAGGACUAUGGAGUCAAGGGAGUGCGCCAAGCGCGUCCUGAUCUCGUGAAGCUGAAGGUCAUUCAUCUCAUUGCCGAAGAAUACAACAAGGAAUCUAAGGCCGAAAAGUCUGAGCAGAAGCGGCAGUGGCGGAUCUCGACGGAUCACAAACUCUGCUUCCUCUAG